UGUGAUACUUAGAGGCAUCUGACAACACUAAACUGGAAACGUGGAGUCGGAGUGUGUACAGUAGGCGGUGCUUGAGUCAAUAAAUAGGCUUAUAAAUAAAAAAUCCUCUCUAAACUGACUGGUCGUAGACAAUACACCAUAAAGGAAUACACGGGCGGAGAAGAUUUGACAAAAUGUGGAAUAGGAUAUUUUUUUGUGGACUGGUUGUCUGUCUCAUCAGCCUCACUGACCAGACUCAGGGCCAGAAAACAACUUUAGUUGUUCAAGGGACAGAUUGCACACAGAUCAAAACUCUCUCCCCUCGAGCCACCAGUGGAGUGUAUGUCAUUCAGCCUGCGGGAGUCAGAUCCCCCUUUAAGGUGUAUUGUGAGAUGCUGGCAGACGGAGGCUGGACAGUCUUUCAAAGGCGCACCGGGGCAGAGGUUCUUUUCAACAGGAAGUGGGCAGUGUACAAACAAGGCUUUGGGCAUCUACGGAAGGACCACUGGCUGGGUCUGAGUAAGGUGUUUGCUCUAACAAAGGGCAGGGAGCGGAGCUCGACCAUGCGGGUCGACCUGUGGGACUUUGAAGGGGGCACUGCCUUCGCUGAGUACAGGGACUUCCGUCUGGGCACGGAGAAGGAGGCCUAUAAGCUGAACGUUGGAGCCUACAGGGGCAAUGCAGGUGAUGCCAUCCGUGGGAAAUACGCCGGCAUUGACCAGAACGGCUUUGGCUUCAGCACAACCGACAAGGACAAUGACGGCUGCUCACCCUGCAUCUUUGGAGACAUCGCCGAGAACACGUGCAGCUUCUCGGAGGGAGGAGGAGGGUGGUGGUACAGUCGCUGUGGCUCUGCCAGCCUGAACGGAGACUGGCACCCCGCCGGCGAACACAUCGGCUGGGCCUCCGGCCUCCACUGGGCGACCUGGAAAGGACCUGCUCCAUACUCGGCCCAAGCGAGCCGCAUGAUGAUCAAGUCUGUGUGAGGCCACGUCUCAAUACAUCUGAAAUGGUUUCCUAGGCCUAUGUCUCCUUUGCUUUAUGACCACCGGUCUGAGCCACAUUAGUGGGCAUGAGUAGAGGAAACCAUUGAAAUAACUGGAACACACACAGCUAUGUGUUCCAUGGAGUGAUGCCUGCAUAUCGUGUCAUAUUGCUUAGCUUGAAUGGUCUGUUUAUUUGGAUCUGUUGUGCAAUCAACACACUAUUUGUUUAUCCCAUUUGCUUUGUUGUAUUAUAUCAUGGUGCAUAAUUCAGAGCCAACAUGUAAGUGACAGAAAUAGAAAAUAUACAUUUUUUACACUUCUUUUACCCUCUAAAGUCUACAAUGAGUUAUGUUUUCAGUGAAGAGAAAAUACCUUUAAGUUAUUUGUUACACUGCAACAAUUCUACAUUUAACUUCUGAAGUUUCAUCACAGUUUGACAAUUCAUAUUGUAGAAUGUUGAUAUUGCAUGCAUUUUUAAAUAAAAUACAUUUUUGAACAUUUGUUUAGCACAAACAUAUUCAAUAGUGUUCAGAGGCCAUUCAUUUGGCUUGUAUUCACACAUUCAAAGCUCUGUGUUUAUAGAGAAAUAGAAGUUGUACUAAUUGCAUAUUAAAUCAUUCAUGUUUUCUCAUCA